AUGUCAUACCCACAGCAAUAUCAGGCGCAGAGGCUGCCACCUUUGAGACAAUACAGUAAUGCCCCUCCACGCUCUGUGACAUCGUCAGGAGGAAAUUCGCAAGAUGGCAACUACGGAGGAUACAGCGACGGUGGCAUGAGUAGCCACAGCGACCAGCAGACUGGCCCGGGCUACGACGAUGCGGCAUACAGUUACCAGUCCAGCUCCUCCGGUUCGCAACCAUAUGCUGUUGCGCAAUCUCAGCCAUGCUCAAUGCGCCCACCAGGCCCGCCAGGUCCGGGAUACGAUGAUCGGCGCGGCUAUCCUCCUGGUGGAAGACCACCGCCCCAAUCGCGGCCAAGAACACCUGGUGGACGCCCACCCCCAGGAGGUACCUUCGACAAUCCCUUUCCCUCCUUCCCAAAUCGAGACCCGCGAGAUCCCCGAGACCCGAGAGGAGCCCCUAGAGACCCGCGAGACCCGAGGGAUCGGGGCGGUCCACCACCGCGAGGGCUAGAGAAAGAAAUGGCUGCAAUGGACAUUAAUGGCAGGGCCCCGCCUGGACCGCACACUUCAAACCCCAAUGGCAGACGGCCAGAUAUGCGACAGCCACCUCCACGCGGACCUCCACCAGGGCGGGGCCGGGGUGGCUAUCCAAUGGGUCCGGUGCGAGCUGCUAGCUCAGGCAGACCAGACCGACCUGACGGAGACUAUCCAGACUCCAUGGGCCUGUCUAUGCCUCCGCCACCAAGAAGCGCAACGAUGCCACCUGCUCCAGCCGCACCACUCUACCCAGGCCAGUCUACCUACCAAGAAACAGAUUACCCAGCGAGCUCCAUGGGUGAACCUCCUAUGCGUCUUGAUGCUGCUGGGAGCAUGCAACCCCCACGAUCUCGUGCCCCCAACGAUAUAGACCCAAGCCUCAUGAUUCCUGCCGCGGCAUUGAUGAUUCCCCCAGAGCCCGCCAACCGUGUUUCAUAUGCGCCCAAGGAAUUUUUGGACAGUUAUUAUGAGUCUAAUGGUGCUGAUGAACCCGACAUGCCCAAUUUUGAUGCCAUGCCUCAGCAGCACACCCUGAUUGAUGAGAUGGGCCUGGAAAUAACACCGGUCCAGAGGCCAGUCCAGGGUCCGGUUUCCCCAUAUGGAGACCAUUCGUAUCCUCCCAACGGAGUGGAGGCUAUGCGCUCCCAAUCUCAACCAAAUUUCCAACCCGCAGACAGUGCCAAUCAGUUUGAAAAUGCAGGGUUUCAGUUCGGUAUUCCUGGAGAACAUUCCCUUGCUCCCGCUUUCGAUCACUCAGGCUCUGCUGGCUAUGUGUCAAAUGGUUAUGAAGAUUACGCCGGCUAUUCGCAUGGUCCUUCCCCGGUCCAGACCAACCAGUCAGGUUAUUCCUACGAUCAGGCCGAGAUUCCAGAUCCUCACCAGAAUCCCGAUGCUCUUCCUCACCACCCAGCCCCGUUCCGCCUUGGCCAUGACCAAGGGUCAAAACCCGUGCCGGUUCGGCAGUACAGCACUCCUGAAACCAUCCCAGCCCCCGCUGCUCCCCAGCCAACGAUGGUGCCUGGGGGAACGGCUCAGACGCCUCUCACGAUUAAAGAGAUACAGCGGCUGCAACUGCAGGCACGAUCCAAUCCUUAUGACCAGAAAACUCAACUUCUACUCGCCAAAAAGCUGGUCGAAGCAUCCACAGUUCUUGUAGAGGACAGCAGCAGGCUCGAUCCAAAAACCAAAGCCAAGGCCAAGGAAAAAUACGUAGUAGAUGCGCUUAAGAUUCUCAAAAAGCUUGUUACAGCCGGGUACUCCGAAGCCCAGUUUUUCCUGGCUGAUUGCCAUGGCGAGGGCCGACUGGGACUUGAAGUCGACCCCAAGGAAGCUUUCUCACUAUAUCACUCUGCUGCCAAACAGGGACAUGCACAGUCUGCCUACCGUGUGGCCGUAUGCUGCGAGAUUGGCCAGGAAGAAGGUGGCGGUACCAAACGUGACCCAUUAAAGGCUGUUCAAUGGUACAAGCGUGCCGCUGCGCUCGGUGAUACACCCGCCAUGUACAAAAUGGGAAUGAUUAAUCUAAAGGGACUGCUGGGUCAAGUUCGGAACCCCCGGGAGGGGGUAUCAUGGCUCAAGCGUGCGGCUGACCGUGCAGACGAGGAAAAUCCACACGCUCUCCACGAGCUUGCCCUCAUGUAUCAGAACGCUGGCGGCAAUGACAUCAUCAUCCGCGACGAGCAGUAUGCCUCCCAGUUAUUCCACCAAGCUGCCGAGCUAGGCUACAAGUUCUCGCAAUUCAAACUUGGUACUGCCUACGAACACGGCCUCAUGGGAUGCCCUAUAGACAACCGCACGAGUAUUAUCUGGUAUACUCGUGCUGCAGCCCAGGGUGAGCACCAGAGUGAACUCGCCCUUAGUGGCUGGUAUCUCACCGGAUCCGAGGGCAUUCUACAGCAGAAUGAUACCGAGGCCUAUCUCUGGGCUCGUAAGGCCGCCACCGCAGGUCUUGCCAAGGCAGAAUAUGCUAUGGGAUAUUUCACCGAGGUCGGAAUCGGCUCUGCUGCUAACCUAGACGACGCAAAAAGGUGGUACUGGCGCGCAGCUGCCCAAGGGUUCCCCAAGGCUCGUGAGCGCCUUGAAGACCUUAAGAAGGGUGGAAGCCGAAUGCAAAAGACUCGUCUCUCACGCUCGGCCGUUGACAAGCAGAGUGAUGGAGACUGCGUUCUUAUGUAA